AAAUGACAUGUUACAUUGUAUUGAAUAGAUGCGGUUGUGCUUGUGAUUACUGAUUUACGGGUAAAUAAUAAUAAAUAUAUAUUAAAUGUAAUUGUGGUCAUCAUGUGUAUUCUUUAGUUGUGCUUUUUUCUAUUUAUUUUACACAGUAAAUUCACCCAUUCAUUGACAAUGAUUGGAAUUAAUUAUACUGUAUAGAUGGUUGUAGAAAUUCUGUUUGAAUGAAAUGCUAUUAUAGCUAUUUCUUCUUUUAAUCUGUUAAUUACAAUAUAAAUUAUUAAUAUGUUAGAAAUGCCUGAACCAGCACAUAUGGAUUUCCAGUUACGAUGGGGCAUAGCAGGUGUCGGCAUGAUAGCUCACGACUUCAUCACCGCCCUGGGCACUCUGCCUGCUCACCAACACAAGGUCAUCGCCAUUGCCGGGAAAGACCUCGAGCGCGCCGACAGAUUGGCCUCACUACAUAAAAUCAGUACAGUAUACGAAGGCUACGAGUCACUGGCACGUGACGAUUCUAUAGACAUUGUUUUCGUCAGUGUACUGAACUUGCAACACUAUGAAAUAACUAGACUAAUGUUAGAGAACAACAAACAUGUUCUAUGCGAGAAGCCAAUGGGUAUGACCUACAAACAAACCAAAUCACUGGUGGAUCUGGCUCGCGAAAAGAAACUCUUUCUUCUUGAGGGGAUGUGGUCGAGGUUCUUUCCUGCUUACGACGCUUUGGAUAGGCACAUAUCUUCUGGCGGGCUUGGGGACAUCUAUCACAUCAGCGUACAGUUUGGGGUUGAAAUUAACGACAUAGAAAGAAACCUAAUGAAGGAUCUAGGAGGCGGAGUGAUAUUGGACCUGGGUAUUUACAUGUUGCAACUAGUGCAGUUUAUAUACAAAGAGCCGCCUGUGGAUAUUGUGUGCACUGGCCACCUGAGCAAGGCGGGCGUGGACGAGUCAGUGUCGUGCGCGCUCAAGUACAAGGACGGCAGGACGGCCACCCUGGCCGCGCACACGCGCGCCACCAUGACUAAUAAGGCAGACAUUAUCGGCACCAAGGGCAAUCUUGUCUUGGAUUACUUCUGGUGUCCCACGGUGCUACACAUAUCGGCCGCUAACAGCACUGAAUGGUCCUUACCAAAGGGCAAAUAUAAGUUCCACUUUCACAACAGUGCGGGACUCAGCUAUCAGAUACAGGAAUGCUGGGACUGCAUUAGCAAAGGUGAAACAGAGAGCCCUAAAAUGAGCUUAGAUGAAAGUAUACUCCUGUCAAAAUUAACUGAUACUAUGAGAACGCAAUUGGGCAUCUUAGAAAACGGACUAUAAUAUUAUUAAUAAUAAGGUUUAUUAUUUAAAUACGAAUUGCUAGUUUAGAUAAACAUGCACUAAAGCGUUGUGUUUGAUGCCACAUUUAAAAUUAUUUUAAUUUAGAUAUUAUAAAAUUAAGUGCCAGUAUAACGGGAACAAAUGUACUUGAAAUUGUGAUAAUAAAUAUUAUAUAAUAAUAAUUGUUAUAUAGAACAGUACACGAGCACAAAUUACUUAUUAAAAAAGUACAGUAUUUACCUCGACUACUGUGAUUGCAAUAUGCGUUGUGAAGCGGUUGUUAAAAUUAAUAAUAUUCAAAUAAAUACAAUCAAUAUUAUUGCACAGAA